AUGGCCUGUGAGACUACGCUGAGUGUGUACGCCUACGGUUCCCAGUGACCGCAUGUAAAUCUUCAAUAUUUGCAUGCUUCACCAACUCCCCUCACACAUUCACCCUUAUGAUUUUCUCCAAAUGCAAAUGCAAAUGCAAUUCCAAUUCUCUUCAUAAAGGACCCAACUUUCCCGGUUUUUCCAACCACUGAGCCCGACCCAGAUGGCCAAUCACUCCUAAUCUCUCACGCCCUUUUGUUUUUCACUCUCUUUGAAUCAGUAUCUCAAAUGGGUUUUCUCAUUCAUAGACUCAUCUGAUUGCUCUGCGUGAGUUUCCUUUGUUGUUGUUUUAAAAAUUCUCUUUUUAUCCUUUUUUUCCCCCUUCUUGUUUGUUUGUUGGCGUGUGAACGCGUUGAGAUGGUCGAGAAUGUGAAGGACGAUGGGGGGCUUGAGGAGCUUGAGAUGUUGCUGAAUGAGAUCCCUCAGGCAACAUCACACAAUCUUUACCAUGGGAAAUCACAUGUUCAUCAUGGUCAUGGUCAUGGUCAUGUUCAUGGUGAUGAUCAUGGUUCUCUUGUGUCUCAUGGAAUGUGUGGUGUGUAUGAUGAUGACCCCUUCACUCAGAUUCAGUAUCCGUGUGCCUCAUCCCCUGUCAGUGGCUUUUCCCUGCAAUCUGAUGGCUCUUCCUCCAGCUUGUUCUCUUCUGGCCAUGCCUUGUCUGACACUGGAUCACCAACCCCUCCUCCAUUAGAGGAUCUUAAAUCCACCAUGCCUUCUGGGGGUUCUUCUCACCCUAAUAACCGUUUCACAACACCUGAUUCAACUUCUAUCAACAAUGUGAAUGGAGGUUUUGUUGAUGAACUUGGCCUGUGUGCCAAUUUGAGCCAAAUGUACAUCAGUAAUCAACAAGAGAGCCCUUGUAAUUUCAAUAAUGCUGCAAUGGCCAUGAAUAGGAUGCCAUUUCCUGAAUGUUCCUUCAGUGGAAAUGGUCCAAGCAACAUUUACAAACAUGGGGGUCAUUACACUUUCAAGAAAGGCUCUUUGGAUUGUGUUGGGGUCCAAUCCCCCCUUCCAUGGAGUCCUGUAAAUCAUGAUGGUGAAAUGAAUUCCGCAUUGUCCGGGUUCACCCGAGACUAUAGAAUGGCUAAUUUAUUUGGAUCAAGACAGUGUGCCAAAAGGCCUGAGACAAUGCUUUCUCAAUUAAAUGACUUUAGUGGCUCAAUGGAGUCUCCUUGUCAUCAUACAAGGCAGAUGAUAAACAACUACUAUUGUGGAGGAAGUCGAAGUCAGCCACCAGAACAUACUGCUUCGUUGAGCAGAAAUCCGGUGGUUGAUGCUUUACUUUAUGCACAGAAAAAUAGAAUGAAUGUAACUGAAGAAACAGGCAUGUCAAGAUUGCUUAGCUCUUCCCAGUGUAUUAAUUUAAGACCUUAUUUGGGUGUUCAUGAUUUACAGCAUUAUAGCCAUUCUCAGCCUAAUAAUGCAAGAGCUGUGCCUCUUUCAAAUGCUAGAAUCCCACAAGGAAAUAUAGAUGCUAUUGCAAGUGAGGGGAGCUUCAUCAUACAAGGUGAAGGUUUAAAUUAUGUUGCUAGUAGAGGUUCGGAUCAUUCUAUAUAUCAUAGUAAGGCUGCAGUGCGAGAAACUGGCUUUGCUAAGCAUAUGAAGAGAACAGAGAUAGAUGAGCCAUACCAUGUUGUAGGAACUUUUGAAAAUCCUAGGAGUUCCAGGAUAGCUUGCUCCUUUCCUUUGAUACCCAAGUAUAGUUCCCUUGCUGAAGCUCAAGGGUAUAUAUAUUUAAUGGCCAAAGAUCAGCAUGGCUGUAGGUUCUUGCAAAAAAUGUUUGACGAGGGCACACCGGAAGAUGUUCAAGUGAUAUUUAAUGAGAUCAUUGAUCAUGUAGUGGAACUUAUGAUGAAUCCUUUUGGAAAUUACCUUAUGCAGAAGUUAUUGGAUGUAUGCAAUGAAGAACAGAGGAUGCAAAUUCUACUAAUAAUUACUCAAGAACCAGGCCAGCUUGUCAGAAUCUCUUUAAACACUCAUGGCACUCGUGUGGUACAGAAGCUAAUUGAGACUCUCAAAACUAGGCCGCAAAUUUCAUUAGCUAUAUCAGCUCUUGAACCAGGAUUCUUGGCUCUCAUCAAAGAUCUAAAUGGAAACCAUGUGGUUCAGCGUUGUUUGCUAUGCUUAAGCAAUGAAGAUAACAAGUUUAUAUUUGUUGCUGCUGCAAAGUAUUGUGUUGACAUUGCAACUCACCAACACGGGUGUUGUGUUCUGCAAAGAUGCAUCGGCCAUUCAAGUGGGGAGUAUCGAAAAAAACUGAUAGCAGAAAUAUGUGCUAAUGCACUUCUGCUAGCUCAAGAUCAAUAUGGAAAUUAUGUUGUUCAAUUUAUCUUGGACUUAAAGAUUCCAUCUGCCACCACAUGCAUAAGGUCGCAAUUUGAAGGCAACUAUGUGCACCUGUCAAGACAGAAGUUUGGUAGUCAUGUGGUUGAAAAAUGUCUUGCUGUAUUCAAUGAUGAGAAUCGUUCAAGAGUCAUUCUUGAACUGCUCUCCACUCCUCACUUUGAACACUUGCUUCAAGAUCCACAUGCAAACUAUGUUGUUCAAUCAGCUAUUCGGCAUUCUGAGGGCCCCGUGCACAAUGUACUAGUUGAAGCAAUCGAGUCCCACAAAGCCAUCUCUCGAAACAGCCCGUAUUCCAAGAAGAUUUUCUCUCAAAAGCUUUUGAAGAAAUAAUGUAUAUUCUUCUUCCCUUGUGCAAGAAGUGUUCUUGUUCUGUGUCAAAGGAACGGUUUGUAUGUUUUGGAUGGUUAUUUAACUGUAAUUUGAAAUGCUGAUAACCAUGCAAGGGAGUUGGUCUGUUUAUGUGCCUUUCCAUCUGCUCAGCUAAUUAUGGAAAAAGGGGAAGGAAUUUUGCUCACGUUUUGGAUCUUUGCAUGUACUAUUUCUUGUAUUUCAACUUAUUGGAUGUUGUUAUCAUGUUAAUUAUGCUAUUCUCACUGUGUGAGAAUGUACAGUGUAUAGAACUUUAGUUUUUUGCUUUUAUUGUAUAAUACUACGAGGAAACUUUCCGAAUAGCCUUUAUCUUACACUCAUCCAGAAUAACGUCCUUUGUUCUAGGGGCAGGGGAGUGAAUGAUUCUUGAU